AUGGGUGCUCCUACUGCAGGUCCUGGCGUUGGACAGCAGCAGCUGCCUAACGCUGGAGCUGCUGGUGCUGGAGGUACUACUGAAGCUGCUGGUGCUGGAGGUACUACUGAAGCUGCUGGUGCUGGAGGUGCUGCUGGUUCUGGAGGUACUGCUGGAGGUGCUGGAGGUGCUGGUGAUGCUGGUGCUGGAGGUGCUGGAGCUGUUGGUGCUGGAGGUACUUCUGGAAGUGCUGCAGGUGCUAGAGCUUCUGGUGCUGGAGGUGCCGGAGGUACUGCUGGUGCUGGAGGUACUACUGGAGGUUCUACUGGUGCUGGAGGUGCUGCUAGUGCCGGAGGCACUGGAGCUGGAGGUACUGGAGGUGCUGGAGCUUCUGGUCCUGGAGUCGCUCGUACGAGAGGUGCUGGAGCUGCCGGAGCUGGUGGUGCUGCUGGAGCUGGAGGUCCUGGAGGUAUUGGAGGUGCUGGAGCUGCUGGUCCUGGAGGUGCUUGUACUAGAGGUGCUGGAGCUGCCGGAGCUGGUAGUGCUGCUGGUGCUGGAGCUGCUGGAGCUGCUGGUCCUGGAGGUGCUCGUCCUAGAGGUGCUGGAGCUGCCGGAGCUGGUGGUACUGCUGGUGCUGGAGGUGCUACUGGAGGUGCUGGAGCUGGAGGUUCUUAG